AUGAAUCAAGGAAGCGAAACAACUCCUCGACGAACCACAUCCUGGCGUGGCCGAUUUAUCGAUGGCGUCUGGCAUUGCGACUGUGAUCCACGACUGCCAGCAGACCACUUCCAGACGAAGAAUGGCGGAGUGAACCAUGGGCGAUGGUUUUACACAUGCCAAAAACCGCAACUGAAACGAUGCAAGUUCUUCCUCUGGGAUGACGAUGCGCAAAUACGGGAGAAACAUACGCUGCUUUCAAACUCCAGAUCUGAACCGGAUACACCAAAGAAAGCUCUAUCCAAGAGUGCACAAGUCGGCGGUUUACUUACCCCAGGAACUGGCACGAGUUAUGGUGGUGGUAAUACAGUGAGAGGGGCGCAAACGGAACCUCGACGACGAUUAGAUUUCUCGUCACAACAACAAACACCUACCAAACCUCGUAAAUCGUCGACUCUAUCAUCAGAUGAAGAAGCCUACAGCUGGGACGAAAGUCUCGAUAAUGAAGUUGGUAAUCUACUAGGGGGUAACAGCAGCAACAGCAGUGCUACUCGUCCCAGACAACCCAUCUUUACACCCAAUAAAACUCCACGAACGGCUACGAACACAUCGCCUAGCAAGCGGAAACUCAACGAUGUCUUCGACGACGACGAUGACGACAAGCCCCCACCAUACUCUCAAAGCGCACCUACGACACAAUCUUCCAGCACAACCGCGCCAUUCGCGUUCUCAUCUGUAGAAGUAUCCGCAACGCCGACCCCGCGACGAUACAAGGACGUAUUAUCAGCGCAGGGUGCGGGCUCCCAUAACCAACCUUCGGAUCUUGCGUCAAAUAUAUUGUCCAUUCUCGAUCGUCAUGAUGUCGUUGUUCCGACUACCGCAAGGGAUGAGCUCGUUGCUGCGCUGGAUCAGCAUCAUCUCAAGACACAGGGAAUAAUCCGGGGAAGGGAUAUAUCGAGAAUGGCGCUGAAGAAGAAAGAUGAAGAAAUUCAGGCUCUUCAGGCGAGGAUUGAGCGACUGGAAACGGAGCGGGAGAUGGAUAAGGUUGUGAUUUCGUGUUUGAGAGAUAAUAACAACAAGUGA